ACAACAUAACUUGCACAUACCGUUCUAUACCCGCUGUACGGUAUAGACGCUCAGGACGCCCAAGACUCUUAGACUCAAGUCUCAGUCUCGGUCUCACUCUCACUCUCACCUCCCUCCUCCCUCCUCCGUACUUCUACUUCUUCUUCGUACACCUUACAACGUUUGUCUCCCCUCACUCCCGGGAGGCCUUCUUUGCUAUUACACGAACCCAAUCCUCCUCGAAUAAUAAUCUCUCUGUCACCCCUCAGUGACACUUACGACCGCUUCACUUCAUCCUCUCUGCUUCUUCUUAAUCGUCGUGGUCAUCGGCGAUUCCUCCUCUUGUUCAUCUUCAUCGCUUCAUCGCUUCACCGCCAGCCCACCUCCACCACCACCACACACAUAUCCGGACCUCGCUUCCCUUCCCCCACCACCACCACCACCACCGCAAAUCCCGACGACCAUGGCAGCAUUUCAAAACUACUACCGGCCGUCCUCCCUGACGCUCGAUACGCACACCCAUAAUUACUUCGAAGAGGACGAGGGCAGUAUCUUGGACGACCACAUCCUCGACCACAGCACCCUGGAUUCAGCUUUGGAGAUGUCACCACCCAUGAACGGCAGCCGGCGGGAUUCGUUUGCAGUAUCGUCCGCAUUGUUCUCGCCCAAGGCCGAUGAAUGGCAGCAUGUCGACAUGCAGUCGAUGCCUUCCAACAAUCCGUUUGUGGAGCAGAGCAAGAAUCCUUUCAUGCGGCUCGAUGCGCAGUCCUCGUCGUAUGGGCACCAGGGUCACGGAUGGUCGAUGGGCAAUGGUUCGGGCAUGAGCACACCGAUGCAGCAAGUUCACGAUGGCUUACCGGCGGAGUUCGAUGUCAAUGCACCCAUCUUCCAACGACCGAUGCAAGAGCAGACCCCCUUCAGCAAUUCCGGAAACCACCAGAUGCCGUUGUUCUCCUCGGCAAAUACCAGCAACGGAUCCAUCCCCCCCUCACCUCAAAAGGAAUGGUCGGUAGCGGAGGCGAUGGAUCAUCGAGCCAUGCCGAAGCGGAUGAGGCCUCACAGUCCAGCCCUGAGGUCACACACCGAUAUGUCAAGGAGAGGAGAUGGUAUUCGGAAAAAGAACGCCCGAUUCGACAUCCCCGCUGAAAGGAACCUCACCAAUAUCGACCAACUGAUUGCCCAGUCCACCGAUGAGCAAGAGAUCAAGGAGCUCAAGCAACAAAAGCGCCUCUUGAGGAAUAGACAAGCAGCACUUGACUCCCGUCAGCGAAAGAAACAGCAUACCGAGAGACUCGAGGAUGAGAAGAAGCAUUACACUGCUCUCAUUAGCGAGCUCGAGGAGGAGUUGGCCGAGGCAAAGCUAGCUCUCGAUGAGUGGGCUUGUAAGGAACAGCAGUACCAACAGUACAUCGAGAACAUGCAGCUCGAGAAGGAAGAGAUGGUUCGAAACCACACCAUUGAAUCUGGCGACCUCCGCAAGAAAGUGAGUGUGCUCACCGAGCAUAUUCAGAGAUUGGAGAGUACCGGCAUGUCAAACGUCCCCAGCUCUACCGGUUUCUCUGCCGACUAUGCAGACAUCGAUAGUCUCACAAUGGACGGUGCUUGGGACAACAUCUCCUUCGUCAAUGAUUUCGCUGCCGAGCCUGAGGUCAAGGUCGAGAACGCUGUUGUUCCUGUCAAGAAGACUGAAAACUCCCUGCUGAGUGAACCGGAAAAACCUGCUGCUCAAGGCCUCCUGUUGAUGCUGCUCCUCUUUGGCGCCUUCGUUGCUUCAAAAGGCUCGACACCCAGCAUUCCUAAAAUGUCAGAUGAUGUUCGAGCUGCCUCGGCCACUCUCCUCGAGGAUAUCUUCAAAGAUGCUGGCGUGCCACAAACUGCCUCCGGUGUCUCUGAGGUCGCAGCUCCACUCCCUUCUGGCAACUCCAACUCCUGGUCAAACAACCCUGUUCCGUCAAUGGGGGGAAGUGAAAUGGUCGGCGUCGCCUCAUCGACUCUUGGGGACCUCGCAGACAGCCUUGCACAACCGACCGAAGAACAGAACAACGAGCAACUUUUCUCGCUAUCAGCAGCGCAAUAUAAUGGUCUUGUCUCUCCGGAUUUCCUGCAGAAUAGCCCUCCUCGUUCAACCUCUCAAGGACGUCGGAAUCUCGGGGAAACUCUUGCUGCUAUGAGAAGCAAUAGCAAGAACUCUGCAGCUGAGGUGUACACUCGUUCACUCCUUUGGGAUCAGGUUCCAAGCGAGGUCGUCCGCAACUUUGCGAAGAUGGUUUCGGAAUGCAACAAUUCACAGAACGAGCAAAAGGAGUGCAACGUCGCUGGGUAGAUCCCGUUCGACGAUUAUCUCGUCGGACUUCACUGGCCCACUCGGGCAUACCUUUCCUUUCUACAAUCAUGUUUACAACCUCAAACCAUUACGAGAUCUUGUGCUCACGCAUUUACGGAUUUCAUUUUUGUUUUAUGGGCAAGCGAGCGAGCGUUGAAUUUUGGUUUCCUUUCAUCUGAAUGUCAUUUUCCUUAUUGCAUAUUUCAUCAUCAUGGCACAGCGAGCGAGGGAAUUGCC